AUGUUCAGACUCCUCAGUCGCCAAGGAAAGAGGACGCAGAGCUGCCUCGCAGGCCAGCGGCGCUAUGAGCACCACAGAGCCAUCGUGGCCAUCCGCCGCGAGGACGUCAACCCCUGGGAGAGGAGGGCGCCGCUGGCUCCGCGCCACAUCAAAGAGCUCACCAACGCCGGCGUCAAAGUCCUGGUCCAACCGUCCAACCGCAGAGCCAUCCAUGAAAAGGUAAACCGCUCACCGAUGGUUAUUAAACGACCCAAAGCUGCGCAGUUCAACUCUUGAGUUGAGGCUACCGUAUUUAAUGUAAUAGUUGACAAGAUAAGUAUUGUUAAUAGAUAUUGAUUCAUUUUGUGUUUCGGGUUUUAGUACUACAUGAGAGCGGGCGCCGUCAUUCAGGAGGACAUCUCUGAGGCGUCUCUGAUUAUCGGGGUGAAGAGGCCGCCAGAGGAGAAGGUCAUACCCCGGAAGACGUACGCGUUUUUCUCCCACACCAUCAAGGCCCAGGAUGCGAACAUGGCGCUGCUGGACGACCUGCUGAUGAAGGUGAAACCAUCCUUUAGAUGUCUCACUCUUAAACCCCAAAUACCUCCACUCAAAAUAUGAAGGCCUGUUGGGGGUUAACUUCCUUCUGCAGUUUAUUUUAUUCACAAAACUCUGAAAAUUUUAGGAAGUUACACAAAAAAAUCAGUGAGCACUGCAUCUCAUUUUACCUGAGUGAUUUAGUGUUUUUUUGGGAGACAGAAAGCUGCAUUUCUUCAUAGUUUUGGUUUCUUUUUAGUUGAAGUAAAAGAUCACCUGUCUGUACUAUCAUGCCCAGCAGCAGUUUGGUUUUCUGUUCUGGGUCUGACGCUGCAGAGUCUGAUGAACCGUUUUUCUUUUCAGGAGGUUCGUCUGAUCGACUACGAGAAGAUGGUCGAUGCCAACGGUUUCAGGAUAGUGGCGUUCGGCCAGUGGGCGGGCGUUGCAGGUAAGUGAACUCAAUCAUAAGGGACAUUUUUGUGACGUUGAGUCAAGUCUUCACCGGUAAAACCGUCACUAAUGACCCAUCCAGACCGACAUUAUUUGAUCAGUCUGACCUCGAGCUGUUGAGUCAGAUUUGUGUCAACAUGUCGACCUGCGUAAUCCAGCAUCUACGGGGUCACAGCUGAAUGUGUGCAUGAAAAUGUUUCUUAACAGCAGGUCUGUGUUUGUAUGUGUGAGUGUGCAGGCUGAGCUUUAAUAAAGGAAGAAUUAAAGAUGUCUUUUCUGUGUUUAAUGGUGAGACUUGUUUUCUUUUGCAGGAAUGAUCAACAUCUUACACGGUCUGGGGCUGCGCUUCCUGGCUCUGGGACACCACACUCCCUUCAUGGUGAGAGAAAGAAGCUGCUGAAGCUGCUGUCAGCUGAUUGGACACGAUUGCGCCAAAGGAUCGCAUCACUUCCUGAACAUCAGUUUAUCGACUCUGUUCCCAAACUUCUGGAAAUUAAAGGCUCACUUGUUGUCUCGUUGUUUUUCGCAGCACAUCGGCAUGGCUCACAACUACAGGAACGUCAGCCAGGCCAUCCAAGCAGUGAGGGAUUGUGGGUAUGAAAUCUCUAUGGGCCUCGUGCCCAAAUCAAUCGGCCCUGUGACGUUUUGUUUCACCGGCACCGGCAAUGUCUCCAAGGUACAACAGAUCCACCCACAUCCUAGUUUAAUGGCUUCAGGUGUGAGCAGUGCAGAGUUGAAUUCUGUGAGUUUUCGCUCUUUUCUUUCUGCAGGGAGCGCAAGACAUCCUGAACGAGCUUCCUGUGGAGUACGUUGAACCUCUGGAGCUGAGGGACGUCUCAGAGACCGGAGGUUAGAAAUCCCCGAGCUCCUCUCUUCGAUUGGUCUUCUGGACUAAAGUGACAUCACUGAGCUCAGCUGUAAAAGUGAAGAUGUUGAAUUAUUGUCACGAGUUUGUCGAUAUUUUUCAUUUUUGAAGACCUGACCAAAGUGUACGCCACCGUCCUGAGCCGACAUCACCACCUGAUGAGGAAGAGCGACGGCAUCUAUGACCCCAUGGAGUACGAGAACCACCCGGAGCUGUACACUUCACACUUUAGGACGAGCGUGAGUCUUUUCUGCUCCGUCAUAAACACAGCCGCCCCUCCCCACUCUCCCCUCUCUACUCCCCCCCAUGUCAACAUGCUCGUCUGAACUCCCACCUGCUCCUGUCACUCACCCUGAGGCCUCAUCCUCUAUUUCUAACCUCACCGCUCAGUGAGUCUGUUUCAAAACAUUUGUAACAUGGUGAUCCUCUGAGCUUUGGCAGCACCUAUCAUUUAUGUUUGUCAUCAGUUAAUCUGCUCAUGACUUUUACAAUUAAUUCAGUUUGAAAAGGAAAUUAAAUCCUCACAUUUGAAAGCAGAAACCUGCCAAUGUUCCCUCUUUUCCCUGAAAAAUGUCUGAAAACUUCAAUCAUUAAUUUUGAAAAUGUCAUCAGUUAAUGUCUUUUAAUCUGCUCAUCAAUAACCUCACAGAGGGAGGAAGGAUGGUGGCCCUGAAGGUCAAUGUCACAGAAAUUUCAGGAAGGCAAUAAAAAACUGAAUUUCUCUUUGGGAUCAGUAAAAUUCUUCUUCUUAUAAACAAUGAUUAAUAAAACACAGAAACAUUUGAAUCAAAAAAAUCAUUAAAUGGUAAUUAAAAAGAACUUGAAAAUAUUUUGCAUGACCACAAAUUACAUUUAAGAAAAAUAUUAAAAUUAUUUUGUGAAACCUCCCAAAAAAGUAAAAGCAAAAAUAUUUCAGACCACACACAAAAAUAUAAAAUCAUGAAAUGGGAAAUAAAUUUAUGAAUGUAAAAAUAUUUUCAAAAACUUUUAAUUGUGAAAUACAAGUCACCUAUGUAAACAAAAAAUAAUUAAGAUAACAAAAAAAAGCUAAGAAUGUAAAAAUAUUUUGGAAAAGACAACAGAACUAUAUGCAAUAUGAAAAUUGGAAAAUAAACAAAUAAAUUCUAAGAACAAAAAUAUUUCUCAAAACAAAAAAAUGGAAAACCAAAACAUUUUUGAAAACAUUUUACAAUUAAAUUACAAAUGGUACUUUCUUUAGAAUUUUUUUUUUUUAAAUUAUAGAAAACAUAAAUAACUUUUUAAAAAUAUUUUUGAUGCUUCCAAAAUUUGUUCAUAUUUUGAAAGUAUAUUUUUGAUUUUUCUUUGUAUUUUUUAUUUAUUAUUAUUUUUUUUUAGAAUUUGGUGUCAUUCCAGAGCACAGACGGAUACUUUUUGAUUCUCUUUUAAUUGUCAACAUCCUGAAUUAAAAGAGUUCAAGUGUAUUUUUUUGCCUACAGGUGGCGCCAUACACUACAUGCCUUAUCAACGGUAUUUACUGGGACCCCCACACUCCGCGGCUCCUCAGACGAAUGGACGCUCAGAGACUGAUAAGACCGACAAACUUAUCCUCAGCAUCCACAGAGGGGUCACCGGUGCUGCCCCACAAGUAAGAGCAUCAAGAUCUUUGACCAUCGACCUGUUUUCAGCAGGAAGUCUGACAGCUGUUAUUUCCUGUUUCCUGUUCUCUCCUGUUUGCUUUUAUUCUUUGUGACUGGAGACAGAGAUGAACAGUUUUAUUUUUGAUCAGUUUUAAAAAAAAACCCUGGAUCAGUCAGACUUAUGCGCUCUGAGGUGACAUAUACUUGGUUUCUGAAUUCCCAGCAGCACAGUAGUUUACCUGCUUCAUGUCCACAGAGGUCAGAGGUUAAACUUGUCAUGUUAUCAGCCAUGUUUGAAGCUCAGCCUGUCACUUUGACCUCUCCCACCUUCCCCCCUCUCUGUCCACAGACUUCUGGCCAUCUGUGACAUCUCGGCUGAUACGGGGGGCUCCAUCGAGUUCAUGAACGAGUGCACCACCAUCGAUAAGCCUUUCUGUAUUUACGACGCUGACCAGCACAUAGAUCAUGACAGGUACAGAGCAAACACAGCAGUUCAAGUAUGUUUAGUCCUGAAUGUAGCAAAUGACUCAAAAUUCACAAACUCCAUGAUAGACCUCUGCAGACUUUUGUGACGCAGUUAUCCAGAGACAUCAGUCUGUUUAGCAGCAGGAAGUCGCUCAGACUUUAGGGCCUGAGCCGAUGCUGCAAGCAGCUGGCGAGAGUCCUUUCAAAAUUGCAGGAAUAUUUUUUUAAUAUUAACUUUUCUGGUAAUUUUUUUUUUCUUGUUUUUAUUUUUUAUUUUUUGGUGUAAUUGUUUUUGUUUUAAAUAUUUUUUUCAUUGCUAUUUUUGGUUUUUAUUGGUUUUUUUUAAAGGUUUAAUUGUUUUUGUUUUGGAAUUUUUUUCUCUUUUUUUGGUUUUCAUUAUUUUUUUUUAGUUUUGUUGUUUUCAUUUUUUUUAUUGUAUUUGUUUUAUUCUUUGUUUUUUUAGGUUUAUUGUUUUUGUUUUAAUUUUUUUUUUAUUUUCAUAAUUUAUUUGGUUUUAAUUGUUUUUAGUUUGAUUGUUUUUUUAAGGUUUUAUUGUUUUUGUUUUUAAUUUUUUUGUCACUAUUGUUUUUGGGGUUUUCAUUGUUUUUUUUAAGUUUUGUGUUUUUAUUUUUUUUAUUGCUUUUCAGUCUCGUUGUUUUUUUGGUCCAUUGUUUUUGUUUAAAAAAUUUUUUUUGUCUUUAUAUAUUUUUUUAAGUUUUGUUGUUUUAAUGUUUAAAUUUGUUUUUGUUUCGUCGUUGUUUUUUGUUUUAUUUGUUUCAGGUUUUUUCACAUUUUUAAUUUAAUUUUUUUUUUUUUUAAGUUCAUGGUUUUUGUUUUCAUUGUUUUUGUUUCAUUGUUGUUUUUCUUAUCAAAUUUGUUGUAAAUUUUUACUCUCCUAACGUUAACACUUUAAAAUGACCUUUUCUGUUCCUGGUUCUUAGUUUUUCCUCCCAACCUUCUCUGAUAAUUUUAUCUCAUUUUAAUUUAAGGCUUUAAACAAAUAAAUGGAAAUAAAAGUAUAUAAAAGUAAUAAUAUUAACUGUCUAAAAACUGACCUGAGUAUGAAACUCUAAACUUCUGUUUCUUCUGUUUUCUGUCUCGGCUCUGCAGCGUUGAGGGAAACGGGAUCCUCAUGUGCUCCAUCGACAACCUUCCUGCUCAGCUCCCUAUUGAAGCCACAGAGUAUUUUGGCGACCGGCUCUUCCCCUACAUCUGGGAGAUGGUAAGAGGUCUUGACUGGGUUUGAGGUGAGGUGAGGGCGGCAGUGGGAGUUACCGCGGGGUUUCUGGGUUUCUGUCUCGCUCUGAGCUUCUACUUCUGCUGCUGGCAGACUGGGUAGUUGAGUUUGCUUUGGGAGAGCGCUGCUGCAGGUUUCUGGUGGUGAGCUGAGUGAAUAAUGAACCCUGACAGGCAGGAUUUCUGUUUGUUUGGAUCUGUGAAUUUUUAAUGAGUGUCUCUGCCAUUAUCAGCUGCCUUCAGAUGCGACACGGCCGCUGGAUGAGGAGGAAUUCAGCCCACAAGUCAGAGACGUAAGUAAAAAGUCUGAAAGAUUUCAACGCAGCUGCAACUCCAGACCUCGAUCCUCACAGGAGCUUUGAAUAGAAGGACUCCUCAGCCUCAGCCUUGUCUGCUUGUCGUGUUUAUACACAAGUUGUUCACAGUCAGUUGUGUAUACUGAGUGUUUAAUGUUUUUCUUUCUAAAGGCUGUCAUCACCUCAAACGGAGUCCUCACCCCAAAGUUUGAAUACAUCGAAAAACUUCGAGAGAGGAGGUAAGACGUGUUUCAGAUCUGAACUCCGAGGAUGUAAACACUUGUUGUACAGAAAUGUUGAACAGAUUUUUGUAUUUCAUGUUUUUAUUUGAGAAAAUGUUGAAAUUACUUUGGCAAACUUGUUCCACUUUGAGUAAAUGCAAACAAUCUGUGGAUGACAUGACUAAAGAUUGCGAGACAGGUAACAUUUCUGUUGUGUUUGAGCUCUAACCUCGCUCUCCUGUGAUAACUUACGAGCUGUCCUGUUACAUUUAUUAGCUGUCCUGUUAAAUCUGUGUAUUUUGGUGCUGUAGUCUCCUGUGUUUCCUCCUAACUCACCCUUUUUAGCUUUGCAGUGUGUGAUCUUUAGUGUCCCUCGGCCUGCGGCGCUGAAAGCCGGACUCUUUGCCACUAACAGUCACCUUGUGGUUGUUCCUGCACAGUGCUGCCCUCUGCUGUCUGCUCUGCAUACCUGCCUCUGCAUUAACACCUUGCAUGGUUAGCGUGCUAAAAAGCCACAGCUGCUAGCCAUCGUCAGACGCUGGACCCUUUUGGUAUCGAGGGUCAGAAACACAUUUUUUUUCUCUCUUUGCACCAAACCCGCCGUCACCCCGCAUCAUCACUCCACUCUGUCCUGAUUCAUUUUAUCUUUGCUGGAUUUCCAGGAGUAGACAAACCAGUUUAUGUCUGUGCAUCCGGUACAAACUAGGUGGUUUAUAAACCAGUUUAGACUGCCAGUGGUAGGAAACUGUUAACCUCUCUCUGUGUUUAGGGAGCGGUCUUGUACUUUGUUUGGAGGUUUAAGAGGGUCUUUUUCAGGGUUUAAACUCUGACAGAAUGACUUGAAAGUCACCAUGAGAAAAAAAUACAUGUGAAAUAAGUGAAAUCAGAAGAUUAAUACGGUAAAUUAACCUUUAAAAGGAGGACAAGACAUCUCUGUUUUGCAUCAAGAGUCUUGUCCAACUCCAUCAUGAUUAUAUUCUGCCUAAAACCAGCUAACUCUAGAGUUAGAAUAAGAAUUAAGAAUGAAAAUUACUUUAUCCCUGAGGGGAAAUUCAAUGUAGAUGUUCAAUGUAGAUUCAAUUUAGUGCAGCUUUAAAAUGUGGAGUCAAAAAAGCAUCUUAAAGGGAAAGAUUUACGACGGAGUAUUAGGGCCACAUAAAGAAAAAAAAGAAAACUUCAGGAUUAAAGUUGUCAAUUUACGAAAAUUAAAAAUCAUUACGAUAUUUGUGAUAAUGUGGUGCUGAUGUGCCAAAAAGAUGAAGUUUCUCCUUGUUUGAGAAACUUGUAUUGAAGUACAUUUUCACGAAAUGCUCCGUGGCUCUAAUUUUAACAACUGUCAUCUUAUGUAACAGGUUAGAAUAUUAAGACUUUAUUCCGACUCUAUUCUCGUUAGUAACGAUUUUAUUACAACUCUAUUCUGGUGAGUAAUUACUUUAUAAUGACUUUUUAAAUUUUGAAAUUAUGACUUAAAUGUCGAAAUUUCAUUUUUUUUUAUUUAGACUAUUUUAAAUUUCGACUUAAAUGUUGAAAUGGAAAUUAAAAAAAUCUCCCUCUAGUAAUUAUUUUUUUCUCUUCUUGUGACCCUAAUCCUCCCGUGAUGGAUUGUCUGUUAGUGGUGAUUUUGGCGCCCCCUCUGGACAGAUUGUAGAAGCCGUAUCAGGGGUGAAGAUGUGAAGUUCUUAAAUGAUCCAGCAUGUGUCGCUCUUGGGCUCAGGUGUCAGGAACUUCUCGGCGGUGUCAGGAGAAUCACACGAUCCAGAAAAAUGAAACUAGACCAUCAAAACGAAGAUUUAAUAAACUUAUUUUAGAGAAAUUCAACAUUUGAAAAUAGAUGUUUUAGUUAAUAUUAAAAAUUCUUUGUUAGUUUAUCAUCGUGACCUUUCUCCGACCUUUGUUCUGUUUGGUGCUAAGCGAGGCUAACAUGUCUAUAACACACACAGACAAACUGAAUUAAUGAUCCAUCUGCACGUUCAUCACUAACUCCUCGUCUGUGUCCUCUUCAGUUUUUGAUUAACACCUCGCUCUGUUGACUCUUACUCCUCUUUAAAAGCCUCACAGUUUAAUUCUGCCUUCACUUAAGUCUGCUUUUAAAAGGUUUUAAUGAGCCGUCACGUCCUUCCUGACUUCCUGUUUGUUUUCUUUGGCUCAUGGAUAAAACUCUGUAAACAGCUUAACCAGAGAGGUCUCCGCCUCGUCUCCAGACUCGACUCCUCACAGAGAAAGGCUCAUAUUUAGGCCAGAUGAGUUUUCCUCCUAAUUGAUCCUCCGUAUCAUUUUUCCAGACAAGCCAUGCCACCAAAUCUUAAUCCUUUUGAUUGAGUUUGGCUCCUUUAAGAUAUGUAAACUCUGAAGAAAUCCUCCUGAGGGAGACGUGUCUCCUUUCUUUGUUUUUAAUUAAGGCGGACGCUCGGACCUCCAGUCGGUCUCGUGCAUGUGUCGCAUCCAAUUAGGGCGAAGCUAACGAGUCUCGGGUCUGACUCCUGGGGGAUUUGAGGCCCGUGGUGGUUGGUGGUAUUAAUGCCACAGGUCACCAGGGUGAUGCUUCUGUUAUGGUUGUUAUUGUUGUUAUGAUAAUCCAGCAUCUUUAACUGAAUCCAGUUGUUUGGUGACGUCCUCUCAGUUUGAUUAAGAGGCGUGAGAGCGUGACGCCGAUAGAGGACUCAAACAGGAUAUACGACGAGGCGUAGAUACAGACAGAGACACAUGAAAGACCGGCAUUUUAUCACUCAGAUUAUCAAGUUAGUAAAACCCUGAAAAUCUCAUUUAGGUAUUCUUUAUGACGGUUUGAUUGUUAGUGGAAAAAAGUUAGAAAAAGAGGAUUUAAAUGAGGUAUAUUAUUUUAUUUUAUUUUAUCACAUACAGUCACUCCUAAUAAUUGAUUAAAAUGUGAUAAUUACCUUCCUUUAUAACACUUUAAAUUAACACCGACGCUUUUACGUGACCCUAAAAACACAAAUCAGAUCAUCUCCAAGAACGAUCGAGACGUAAUUUUCCUAAUCUUUGCUAAAAAUUGGAAUCAAUUAAUUUUAGGACGUUUGAAUGUUUCUGGUAAGUUUUUUUUUGUUUGUUUGAUCAUUUUUAUUUUUCGACGACCCUUCACCGUGUCCCCUCCCUCCUCCUGUUCCUUCCCCUCCAUCCGUCACGGUUCGGUCCAGAUCCUCGCCAAUCACAUCAAACUGUCUGAUCAGAGACGUUUCAGCAGCACUUUGACUCUGAACACUUUAACGUUAUAAUAAAAAGUUUCAUUUAGCUUUCAUUUCAGUUAUAAACAGAGAUGGACGGAGAAACGUCUUCAUGUGAACAGAGUCGAUGUGUUUGCUCCUCUCCGCUCAGACAGACAGACUGGUUCCCAUCCGAUCUUCCAGUUCAAAGGAGGAAUUUUUGAUUCACGCUCCUCAGAUAAUCAGAUUUUGACCAAAAUCAUGACCCACUUUCUCCAAAUUUAUAAAUCUUGAAAUCUCUUCCUGUUGGAUGGAAAUUCAGUCCCCGGACCCUCCUAUGAUCUGCGGUCUUAAAACGUGUCUCUGAGUCGGUCUGUCUGUCUGCUGUCCUUCAGGGAAAAGGCUCAGAUCAUGAAGAAGACCGGGAUGAAGCGCGUUCUGCUGCUGGGUUCAGGAUACGUAUCCGGACCUGUAGUCGAGUAUUUGACUCGAGACGAGAAGACGCAGGUUACCGUGGGUGAGUCUGAGUCUGCUCUCUCGAUUGAAGUCAAAUUUCAGUGUCAUGACUGAACACUUCAGUCUCACAGCUGAUCUGUUUCUUUGGUGUGAAGCGUCGGUGCUCCUGAAACAGGCAGAGGAGCUGGCGGCCAAAUAUCCCAACACCAUCCCCGUCACGCUGGAUGCCGGCAGCCAGGAAGGACACCUGGACAACCUGAUUAAAGAUCACGACUUAGUCAUCAGGUACAGCAUGAUGGGGCUCAAUCUGAUCCUGUCUUUGUAAACAGAGUGUAGUCUAGACCGGCUGUUUUAGUGAAGGGUCUUAAGAUGACUUUUGUUUUAAAUUGGCUCAAUAUAAAUAAAGAUUGACUGAGUUUAAACCGUCAGGAGUUUGUCCUUCAGCUGGUUAGUAAAUCUGAAUUCAGACCUCAGCUUGUCGUACUCGGCUCUACAUCGUCAGACUGAUCUGAUUCGUCUCAUCGUCUGCUCCACAGCUUGCUGCCGUACUCCUUCCACCCACUCGUCGCCAAACAAUGCAUCAAGAACAAGGUCAACAUGGUGACGGCCAGCUACCUGAGCCCUGCCAUGAAGGAGCUGCAGAGGAGGUGAGUCCACAGCAGACGUGCUCAGAACAACAAAAUCAGGCUGUGUCCAUGUUCAACUGCUGCAGGAGUUUGAGUCCGUCUAUUAACUCAUUUAUGCAGUUUUCACCCAGCGCCACCACUGACCGCAAUAGAAAUUUCUGUAUCUUUCACGACCGCAGAAUAUUUUGUGUUUGGACUAGAAUUAAGUGCGAAAUCUCAAAAGAAAGAGGUGAUUCUCUUCUUCCGCAAAAAAAAAAGUUAGUCUCUAACCCACUCCUGAGUUUGAUUAUUUCCUGCUCAAUGCAGCGUGGUCAUAUCAUCUUUGCAGAGAUGGAAAAAACACAUUUUUAUGAAGGAGAGACUCUCAAGCAGAACUCUGAACGUCGAUUUCAUUUCACUUCAAACUUCUUUACUGCUGGCAUCAAGGUCCUUCCUCCUCGGACACCACUCUUCAUCACUCUCGAGAUCUGCUAUGAUAGGUCGCUUUCUGACGGGUGGUAGUUGUAUUGGCCCUUGAGAACCUGACACUGCGAUGUAAACCACACGGACUGCUCGCGUCCUCCAAGCUAAAUUCCAGCUCAGUCUCGCUCAACAGUGACAGCACCGACAGCACAACGACACAUCGGAAAAUUGUUUCUUUGAUUGUCUGCUGACGAAGUGAAGGUCCGGCACUAGGAUCUCCACCGGAUCCAGAGACAGUAGCACCUCGCCCACGGGAGCCGAUGUGCCGAGACGGUUAGCUCUUGGCUAAUGACUUCGGCAUUUUCCUCAUAGAGAAAAAACACUCCACAACUCGGCUAGUGGGCACACUUGAUGACACAUUUCUCACUGCGUUCAGAACAACUUAGUCGUUCUUAGUCGCAUGUUGGAGAGGAGCGCCCUCUGGCGGAAAACAAAAAAACCUGAAAUAUCCGUCCAAAUCCGUCAACGGCACUGGAUGAGUUAAGGGGUUUGAAUCCCUCCUUAACAAGCCAGUCUGGUCCAAUUAUUGCUGGUUAUCGUUUGAUGUGUGUGUGUGUGUGUUUGUGUUUGUGUCUCAGUGCGGAGGAGGCGGGAAUCACCAUCGUGAAUGAGAUGGGAUUGGACCCUGGGAUCGACCACAUGCUGGCCAUGGAGUGUAUCGACCAGGGGAAAGCAGACGGCUGUACGGUGAGUCAGCACACACUCUGACUCUGUGUGUGUGUGUGUGUGUGUGUGGAGGAUGAUUGUUUGACCACACACAAAUUAAAAAUAAAAGAAAAUAAAAAAGAAAAUAAAGUUUAAAAAAUAAAAAUAAAUAACAAAAAUAUAAAAAUAAAUUUAAAAUAAGUUAAAAAAAAUAAAUAAAAAUAAAUAAAUAAAUAAAAAAACCUGAAUAUUGUGGAAAAGUCCAGAUUCUCGUCUGCUCUUUUAAUCUUGUUUGUUUCUCUCUGAGCCCCCACGUGUUGCGUGUUGAAUGUCAGAAUAUAAACAAUGAUUUUAAUCCUCAGGUGGAGUCGUACAAUUCAUUCUGCGGUGGCAUUCCUGCUCCUGAAUGCUCGGACAAUCCUCUUCGAUACAAGUUCAGCUGGAGUCCGUACGGCGUCCUCCUGAACACCAUCAGCCCCGCUAUCUACCUCCAGGAUAGUAAGGUGAGGAGGCCUCAGAGGAGCAAAAAAGAUGAGGAAACUCAAGAGAUUUAUCCCCGUGUUUACAAAUCUGUGUGUUGGUGUCCAGGUGGUGAGUAUCCCGGCCGGCGGCUCCCUGAUGGACUCUGCAGUGCCGAUGGAUUUUCUUCCCGGUUUCAACCUGGAGGGAUUUCCGAACCGCGACAGCACCAAGUACGCCGAGCAGUACGAUAUCGAGACAGCGCACACACUGAUCAGAGGAACACUGCGCUUCAAGGUAGAGCACACAAACACAUUGUAGAUGUUUGUAUUUUUCUAUCGUAUAUCCAUCAUCCAUUUUCUUGCGCCAUUGCUGGCGGUGUUGGGUUGCAAGAGUCUCAGAAAGUCAAUCCAGACCCUCUUCUCAGCAACAUUGUCGGUUCCUCCUGUCGGAUUCCAAAGUGUUCCCAGACCAGAUACUAUUUACCUCUCAGUUAAGACCUGAGUCUACCUUUAGGUCUCUCUCCCAUUGGCAGAACACCUCCACAAGCAGGUAUCCCCUUUAUUGUGGAGAAGACCCACUCUGAGCUCCCUCCGGAUGUCUGGGCUUCCAACCCUCUCUAAGGCUGAGCCCAGACACCCUUCAUAGUCGAUCCACUGGUUAAUCAAUAACUCCACCCUCCAGCUCGGCUCGCUCUUCACCAAGAUGGUCCAGGGAAACACCUGCAGUACUGCUGAUCCCGCCUGACAAUCCCCUGAUCUUUUGUUACCCCCUCCCCAAACAAGACCUGGUUUUACUUUAACUCCUUCAUUUUGGGCAAAGACGUACUCCCCACCCAGGAAGAGAGCAAUCCACCAGCGGAGAACCAUGGUCUCAGAGUCAAAGGUGCUGAUUCUCAUCCAGCCGCUUCAUACUCGGCUAACUUUGAGGCUGGUGAAUUGCAGAUCCUUCACCUCUAGCUGCACCUUGAGCUCCUGUCCCUGAAAAUCACAAACAGAAUCCAUGACAGUGUGCACCAGAGGCCUGUACCGUCUGAACGCAAUCAAUGCAACACACCCUACUGUGUCAUUCCUCAUAGAACUCUGUCUUGUUGCAUUGCACCGUAUUGUUUUAUGUUGUAUCACACUUUAUCAGAACCCAUCGUAUCGUGUAUCCUGUUCUGUGUCUUAUCAUAUCGUAACUAACAGCUCCUCCAAAUCCCAGUAUUUGAUUGAGUUCCUGAUGGAAAAUAUCGACCUUUUCAUGGUUUUCAAGUGUAGCUGAGAAGUAUAAACAUCAGAAUGGAAGCUCGCUGCCAAAGCUCGAUUUCUUUCUGCUCUUGUAUUCCUUGUUUUAUGUAACUCACUUUUCUCUUUGUUCUGCGCCGCAGGGCUUCUCAAACGCCAUGAGGGGUUUUGUCAAACUGGGUCUUAUCAACAGCGAGCCCUGUCCAAUUCAACACCCCACAUCCUGGGUAAGAACCUCGGCUGGGAGUGCUUUCAGAGUUUUAAAAGAAAAAUCACAUGCACGCGUCUGAAAGGCAGCCUUUUGAGAAGUGCUUUUUUUUUCUUUCUAUUCUGCCACUCAGUUUUUAUGAAAUGAGCUGUUUGGCGGCUUUUGCACUUGACGCCUCUGACUGUGGAAGUGAAGAGUCUAUUACUGUCAAUAGCUGCUUGUCAACAUCAAGGCUGCUGUGACCCAAGGCUUUCUGACACUGAUGAGUUUACAGCACAUUUGUCCUCAUUUAUCUUGUCGAGAGUUGAAAGAGAAUCGCAGAGCUGCCGGAUCGGUGUGUGUUCAUCACGAAUCAAAGCUUGAUUAGUGAAAUCUCCCCACUUGUCUCUCUGAAAACACUCAAAUCAACCUUUUUAGCUUAAAAAGAUAGAUGGAAUAUAACCAAUUCCAAGAGCGUCUAAUCUCUUUGUUUGAAGAGAGAAGCAGAAACAGUGAAGGAAACUAGAAAUAAGACCUUGUCUUGAAGAAAAAGGGAACUGAGAAGCAGUCUUGGUGCAGAAACUCAAAAGUACAUAUUAGGAGUGAACUUUAACAAACUUAGAGUUAAUGAUGGUUACAGUAAUCCAUAUAAUACACUGACCAGAAACUGAGAGUCAGAUACCAGUGAGUAAAAAAGGAGAUUAAGGGUACUUGCUAGGAGCUAAACAGACACUUAGAAACAGACAAGGCACUCAAAGAAAGCCAACAGCUGAGUUUGACAGCUAAACAAAAACUUUAGGAUGUUUACUAGAAGCUAAACAAAAAUUUAGGAGAAAUGUAGAAGCAAAACAAGAACUUAAGGAUGUGUACUAAAAGUGAAAAAGAACUUUUGGAUGUAAACUAGAAGAUAAAAAAAACUAGGAUGUAUACGAGAAGCAAAACAAAAACCUAAGAAUGUGUACUACACACAAAAAAACUAGGAUGUAAACUACAAGCUUAUCAAAUAUUUAGGAUGUAAACUAGAAGUGAAACAAAAACUUAAGGAUGUAUACUAAAAGCUGACCAAAAGCUACAAUGUAUACUAGUAAACUAAAAAGUAAGGAUGUAUACUAGAGGCUAAACAAAAAAUUUAGGAAGUAUACUAGAAGAUAAACAAAAAAAUUUAGGAUGUAUACUAGAAGAUAAACAAAAACUAGGAUGUUUACGAGAUGAUAAACAAAAACUUAAGGAUGUGUACUAGACACUAAAAAAACUAGGAUGUAUACUAAAAGCUAAUCAAAAAAUUAAGGAUGUAUACUAGAAGUGAAACAAAAACUUUAGGAAGUAUACUAGAGGCUAAACAAACAUUUUAGGAUGUGUACUAAAAGCUGAACUUAAGAAUGUCUACUACAAGCUAAACAAAAGCUUUAAUAUAUAUGCUACGAGCUUUACAAAAACUUUAGGAUGUACACUAGAAGCGAAACUUUAGGAUGUAUACUACAAGCGAAACAAAAACUUUAGGAUGUAUACUAGAAGAUAAACAAAAACUUUAGGAUGUAUACUUGAAGUGAAACUUUAGGAUGUAUACUACAAGCGAAACAAAAACUUUAGGAUGUAUACUUGAAGUGAAACUUUAGGAUGUAUACUAGAAGAUAAACAAAAACUUUAGGAUGUAUACUUGAAGUGAAACUUUAGGAUGUAUACUAGAAGAUAAACAAAAACUUUAGGAUGUAUACUUGAAGUGAAACUUUAGGAUGUAUACUAGAAGCGUAACUUUAGGAUGUAUACUAGAAGCUUAAUUAUGGGAUGUAUACUUGAAGCUUAACAAAAAUUUUAGGAUGUAUACUAGAAGAUAAACACUCUAAGGUGUAAUCUAGGAGCAUAACCAGAACUUAUGGAUGUGAACUAGCGGCAGAAUAGAGAUCCAAGAUACAUGCUAACAAGUCUUUAUCCUGUAGGUGCUCUACGUAUUUUAAGGAUGCACACGAGGAAAAAGAAGAGCUCAAGGAAACAUAUUGAAGCUUUAAGAAUGUCUUUGGACAAAGUGAAGCUCAAGGUCGUGUAUCACUGAAGAGCUUGGAGCUAAACAAAAACCCCGGAUAGAAACUUGGAUCUAUGGCAGUCAAGCAGGUGCUUGAACCACACGAGUGUGGGAGUUAUUAUACAACCAGAGGUGACCUUCUAUGAGAAGCUAAAUAAUGCAUACUAGGAGUGACAAAGAAACCGACGGAUCCACACUGGCCUCUUAAAAGAAUCUUAGUGAAAAAAAAACUAGUGCAGGAGAGACUUUAAGGAUACAAACUAGGAGCUACAGGAGCUCAAAACAAACUAAGACUCUAAAUAGUAAAUUUAAGAAAAAGGUUUAGAGAAUUUAAGAUUACAUACAGGAAGUUUAAAAGGACCACGAGAAUAGAUACUAGAAGCUAGCGGAAACUAUUAUUUUAAAACAAAAGCUAGGAGAUUUUGUGGGAGCUGAGGAAUACUGUAGGAGAGUGGGACCCACAUUUUCAUAUGGUCCUUGAGUCACGACCCACUUUGAUAAAAUUUAAACCAGGCAAUUUUAUUUUUUAUUAAAAAAAAACCUUUAAAGACUCUAAUCUUUCACAUAAAUACACCCAUUUUAUUGAGUAAAGUGCAUUUCAGAGCUCAUGAACUGAGGACGACGACUGCUAAAGUUGCAUUUAUAGAAAAUAUCAAAAGAAAAAGAACAAAAUAAAGACAAAAAUAAAGACCACUGCUUUAGGAGACAUCUAAGUAGUUCAAAACAAUCUAAGGACUGGGAGUCGGAGAAAGGCGAGCAGACUGUUCAAAAUGAUCUUUAGGCGGCAGGUUUGUAUUUAAGAUAAACCUCAGAGAAAAAAUUAAAGGUUGACUAGACAAUCCUGUUUACAGUCCAGUAAAAAUGACGACUAAGAAGAGCAACAAGGACUUUGAAGGAGCUAAAAACUCACCAGCGGACGGUCAAACAAUUCAAGAAAAAGGGAUAUGGGAGACAAUCAGAGUCAAAACGCUUUAAUACAUGGAAGGAGCUCAAGAGAAGCUACAAAGAGAAGGUUGUCUUUAAAGUCCUGAGGAACUAAGUCAAGAACCUGUGAUGUUUUUUUGUUCCUCUACAGAAAGAUCUUCUCUGCAAGCAGAUGGACGUAUCCUCUUCCAUCUCUCAAGAAGCUUUUGAAGAAGCCGUGUAUGAACGCGUCAGCAAAGACGACUUUGGGAUGGACAGCCUGAGAUGGUGAGACUCGUGAAAAACCUCGAACAGUUGGACACGUAAAAGUUUGAAAGCAGCAGAGGAGUAACUGUCGAAAUAAGUGAAGAAAAAAGGGCGUAAAGUUUUUUGGUGGCUCGUGUUCACGUUGUGGAUCGAACAAGGCCGAGGCUGCUCCUCUUCUGCACACUUUUCCCUUCCCUCCCCUAAUGAGGAUGCCUCAAGUGGUGUAGUGUGCACACUCUUGAAUAUAAAUCAACUUUUCCAAGGGUCUCUUCAGACCAAGGCUCUGCGCCGUCAUUGUUCUGCUGCUGCUGCAGGGAAAGCAAAGAGGGCCACGCUGGCAUUGAAACGUAAAUUCCUGCGACGGUAAAAGUGAACUGUUGGAAAUAUUCCAUUUGUGCCGUUAAAAGAGUAAAAAGCCAACGUGCUUGCAGCUCAAAUUGAAUGACUUGUUGUUCAUUUAAUCAAUUCACCAGCAAAGCAGAGACAAAAAACAACUGCUCAUCUCUUUAGAUUUAGCCAAGGAUGCGUGGGCCGCCACCGCUGCGGCGCUGCCAGGGUGUUAAAGCAGAAUCGUUUUAACGCUUUGGAAACAGCUUUGUGAAGGUUAUUCUAUUGUGAGAGAAAGUCUAUCUUUUUUUUUGUCUGUGUGCGUCUGUUCAGGUUUGGGAUGCUGAGCGACGAGUUGGUGCCUCAAGCUGACAGUGUGCUCGCUGCUCUGGCAAAACAUCUGGAAGCCAAACUCUCUUUCGGUGAGACAAAAACUCGGCUUUAACCGCAAAUCGGCGCCCAAGUAAUGAUGUCGAACUAGAGCAUGAGUGACACGACUUCUUUGUUUAGAAAAAGAAGAGCGAGACAUGAUCAUCCUGAGGACAGACGUGGGGCUACGCCACCCAACUGGCGAGCUGGAGACCAAACACAUAAACCUGGUGGUGUACGGUGACCCCAACGGUUUCUCCGCCAUGGCCAAGACUGUAGGAUACCCAGCGGCCAUCGGUGCUCGCAUGCUUCUCGAUGGUAAGUGACAGAGUAGAUGUGAUCUUCAUCUACACAAUAAAGAGACAAAAAAGUGUUAAUUAUAAGACAGUUGAUUCAGUCAGUGAACGACUCGAGACAACAUGGCAGAAGUAGCUCCAGCACCGGUCAAGGCGGCCAAAAAGAAGGCUCUCAGGCCCAAGAAGACCGAGCCCAGCGUCAGCGAACUCAUCGUCAAAGCUGUGGGCGCCUCUAAGGAGCGGAGCGGCGUCUCUUUGCCCUCAAGAAGGCUCUGGUUGCCGGUGGGUAGGACACGAGAUAAGAACAAGGCUCGCAUUAAGGUCGCCGUGAAGGGGACUCCGGGGCACCGGGGCUUCAGGUUCCUUCAAGAUGAACAAGAAGGUCGCCGAGAAGAAAGUGAAGAAACCGGCCAAGAAAGCCGCUCCUAAGGCUAAGAAACCCACAGCGGCUAAGAAACCCAAGGCUGCCAAGAAAGCGGAAACCCCAAAGAAGUCUCUGAAGAAGGCCAAGAAACCUGCGGCGCCCAAGAAGGCUAACAAGACCGUCAAAAAGGCCUCAGCAGCCAAGAAGACUUCUUCGCCUAAUUCUGCUGAUUAAACUCGUUAAAGGUGUCAGAUACAGCUGCUCACGGCUUUUCAGACACGUACCGCAGCUUCCACCUGCCUCCUUCUCCUCCAUGGUCACUGAUGAGUUACUGGCUGUUUGUCUUGAACUUUUUCAAGAUCUUUUGUUGAUCAAAAAAGGAGAAACACUCGAUCCCACCCUAAGCUGAAUUAUCACAACCGAAUAAUCUUCUCCAGGGAACGGUUUUGAACUUUUUAUUUUUCUGCACCUGUUUCAUGUGUGACCAUCAUCCUUCAUUAAGUCUUCUGCAGCUAACAUGCUUGGUGAGUUAGUUUGAAAUUUAAUCUGUUUUUUUUUCUCUCUUUGCAGGUGAAAUCACAACAAAAGGACUGGUUGUUCCAAUGACGAAGGAGAUUUACGGCCCUGCGCUGGCCCGACUGAAGGAGGAGGGAAUUCAUAUUGUAUCUAAAAACACCCUGCAGGAGUAG